AUGGUUGGGCGCACAUUGACAUCUGUUGCGAUUAUCGGCGGUGGCCCCGGUGGACUCGGCGCGGCCAUCGCCCUCUCGCAGCUCCCGUUCCUUCAGGUCACUCUCUACGAAAAGAGCCCGGAGCCUCGAGAGGCUGGUGCGGGAAUCAGUCUUACUGCGAACGCGUGGAAAGUCCUUGACCUACUGGGAGCGAGCGACGGGGUCAAGGGAGGCUCCAAGUCCAACACACAGCAAAGGAACGCAUUCACAGGUAAACUUCUCAGUGUCGUGCAGCAGCCCGAGAAUGCGCAGGCGGACUCUCGAGGGGCGAUUCGCGCCCGCAGAACGCAGCUCCAGUCGGCCCUUCUCACGCGAGUCCCUCACGGAGUUAUUCAAUUUGACAAGAAGCUCGUUUAUGUCGAGGAUUUGCCAGCCGGGGGAGUGCGUUUGGCAUUUCAUGAUCAAACAGAAGCUGUUGCGGAUCUUGUCAUCGGGGCGGAUGGAAUACAAUCGUCUGUCUCAUCUCCCGGACAUCACAUCAGCCACCGGCUGGUGGUGGGGGAGUCUGGUCAUGUCUACUUCUCGGAUGUAGAUGAUGCAGCUGAGACGGACCCAGCCUUUGAAAUUACCGUGCGAGGGUAUCGUGAGCCCGAGACCCCCGGGAAAACUGUCGUUUGGGGGAUUCCUGCCACCAAUGAUCGCGUAGCAUCUCGUGUCGAGGUGUGGACAUUCGCUUCCAGGGAUCGCGUCAACACGCUGACUUGCAAACAGACCUUCGACCAGCGAAUAAAAGACGCUGUGGGAGUCGUUCCAGAAGGAGCCUGGAGAGAGUUUGCGAUGUUUGCUGGGCCACGGCUGAACAGGAUUGUGGGCUUUGACAACAAAGUGGCCCUGAUUGGAGAUGCCAGCCACCCUCUCUCGGGCACUUAUUUAGGUGCCUUUGGCUCCGGCGCGACAUUCGCUAUGGAAGAUGGCUGGAUUCUCGCACGGGCGCUGGAGUAUACUCAGGCUGCUUCUCGUCCAGUACAGGACGCUCUCGAGAUUUUCAACACCGUUCGGUCUCCAUAUUACGCCAGAAUGUACAAGCACCUGGAUAGAGUGGAAGAGAAGUUGCGCCAAGCUCGGAUAGAAAAUGACAACUUCGAUCACUUUUUACAGGCCAAGAUUAACCACUUCCUCUACGGGGACACCGAUUUCAUCUACAAGAAUGACAUCAACCAGGUCUGGGAAGACUAUGUGACAGCAGAGAAGACAGGAAUCAGUCAUGCCGUCAAGGAGUUGUAG